GGACUCAGAGCCCCUGCGUGUUUACGCGGCAGAUACAUCAAUCGGGUCUCUUGGUUUUUGUUUGUUUUUCUUUGCGGUUUUAAGAUUGGCGCGUCAUUUCCAACAAGGAUAAAAUUCAGUUUCCUUUUUGCUCACAUGGACACCGCUAACCAGCUUGCAUCCGUGGGGAUGUUUCAGGUGCUCAAAUUACCUCUGGGAUUUAUCCGUGUUUUGGAAUGGCUCUUUGCCAUUUUCGCUUUUGCAACAUGUGGUGGCUACUCAGGCCAGCUGAGGGUCAGCGUGGACUGCAUGGAGAAGGCCAGCAGCAACCUGAGCAUCGGCAUCGACUUUGGUUAUCCUUUCAGGUUGCACCAGGUGGCGUUUGAAGCGCCCAUGUGUGAGGCCAUGAGGAGGGAGCGCGUGUUCCUCGCCGGAGACUAUUCUUCCUCUGCUGAGUUCUUUGUCACCAUUGCGGUUUUCUCCUUCCUCUAUUCUCUCGUGGCCACUGUUGCCUACAUUUUCUUCCUGAAUAAGUACCGUGAAAACAGCCAAAGGCCGCUCAUUGACUUUGUGGUGACGGUGGUGUUUUCCUUCAUGUGGCUGGUCAGCUCCUCUGCUUGGGCCAAGGCCCUGUCGGAUGUGAAGGUGGCCACUGAUCCAGACGAGGUGCAGCUCCUCAUCCCGGCCUGCAAAGACCCGACCAACAGGUGCGGCUCUGUGCUCGGGCCUCGGUGGUCUGGGCUCAACACCUCGGUGGUGUUUGGAUAUCUCAACUUUGUUCUGUGGGCUGGAAACAUCUGGUUCGUCUUCAAGGAGACCAGCUGGCACAAGGGUGGCUCCAGGUUGGCAGGCAGCGCGCCCGACAAACAGGCGGGCACCUUCGACCAGCAGCCCUACAGCCAGGGGAGCUUUGACCAGCCGUCCGAGUACAGCCAGGUGGGAGGGCCCACCUCCUACUCCAAUCAGAUGUAGCCGUGCCUCCUCUAUCCCAACGUGGCGCCACCGCAUCUUCAAACGAAGGCAAUCAGGGGCUUGAAAAGCAAGGUGGUCAUAAAGAGUCAGAGUGCACCUGUUGUAGAUUUUUUUUAAAAAGCAAGUAGUUGGGUAUUGUAAAACAAACAUUAAAUGUAGUCCUUCACCCCUUCUCUCUCACAGCUUGUUUUAGAUGAAUGGUGUUCCUCUAGUUGUUUGAAACACAGUAGUGACGGUUUCUCCGUCUUCGAUUAUUGACAUACUCUGUUUUCUCUGUUCCAGUAGUUUGCACUCUGUGUUGGAGGGAAAAAAAAGUGCUCUUUGUAAAAGUUUGAAAGUGCAUGAUGUUGUGUGCUAUUGUAAGGUUCUCUGUGAAACCAGAAACAAAAGAUAAAACAUUCAUUUUAAGUGUAAAAGUUUACAAAACUUACUCUGCUCUGACACAUCACUGAUAGCUAAUCAGGUAUUCUGUCGUGUUUUUAAUGUAACCAGGAAUAUAUUUUGAUAACAGGUGUUUCUAAUUCUAAAGAGAUUUAUAAUUUAGUGUCACUUCUGUUUUUUUAUUAUUAAUUUUCUACAGAUGCAAAGGUUAAACUGUUCUGACACUGCCAUUAAGUAAAAAACUCAAAUGCAUUCUGCAAAAUCCUUGACGAGAGCUAAAAUAUAUAUGCAACUUGUGCAGUGUGCGCUUUUGCUCCAAUGGUUUUCUUUUCUCUGGCACAGACGCCACCACGCAUUUUUGUUUUUAAUCUUUUAAUCUUUUAAAGAUAUUGUCACGUAUUUUUAAAGCAAGCCACUCCUCAUACAAAAUUACUGCGGCAACUUUCCAUGCCUCCUUUAUACGAAUAAUAAAUAAAAGAACACAUUUCAAAAGCAUGUUCACAACACUCAAAUACACUUUUAAAGCCCUGCAAAAAAAAAAAAAAAACACAGGUAAAUGCCAUAGUUUUACCAAAUAAAUGUGAAUAAGUGGGUUUAUGUGUUUCUGGGUAAUGCUAUGAAGUUUUGUACAAACCAGAUCAGUUCUGUUCAUGUGUUGUAAAGUCAUGACCAUUAAAUGGAAUAUUGGUUUCCUGUCUAUUUCAUAUUAUAUUUCCAGCCCUGUGUUUUGACCGUCUGCGCAUGUGACUUGCACUGAUAUUAAAAAGUGAACACAGUCUGCCACUCGUAUCUAACAAACACAAACCCAUGACUCAUUAAAUAAAGAGGCACAAAUUUCUUCCA